UUCUUCUGAGCCAAAGUCCAAACCAGCCAUUUUAGCUCACAGUGAAACAGGAGCUGCUUGUGCACUACUCAAAGGUUCAAACCAGUUAUUUUGUGAGUUUAGUUUCUGAAACUCAUCUGUCCUGUUUAAUUUACAGUAGUGACGCAAAGUGACCACAGGAGGCCUGUGUUUCUGUUAACUACAGGAAAGUCUCUUUUUUUUCUCUAUGGAAAUGAGUGUGGAAGAGUAACUGUACUGAACUACCACUAAACACCUGAACUGUUUUUAAUAUGUGGACAGCAGUCCAGAUGCUGACCCAGACACCGUCCUAACUGGACCGAAAACCUGUAACUUCUGAAAUAUCAAGGUUUGUUUCUUUUCUAUUUGUAUUUUAACAGGUGACCGUGGUUAAACUGCAGCAUCCCUCCUUUCACACUUCAGCUAAACAGCCAAUCGGAAUAGUUCAACACUGAUGUACACACUGGACAGAGGAGGUAUUCUGCAUGGUGGUCAAGGGAAGUUGAACUUUGGUGUUUUUAUGUUGUUGUUUUUUGAAAACUCUUUCUCCAGUUGAUAUGAAUCCUCUCAGCAUCACAGUGAAAGCCUCCUUACACAGAUAUUGAUAAAGCGUCCGUGUGAUCACUCACCUUCUGGAUCAAUGGCAUCAUCACAGCAUAAUGGGAGGAGGAUAUGAGAGAAAACAUAUUGAUUUAUUUGGCAUUAAUCCAUUGAAAUUAUGAUGCCGUUUAAACGUCUUCAUGAUAAAAUAAUGAUCAUGUUGAUGUAGUCAACCACGGCCCACAGCAGCUGCUGGUCCUCUGCUGUCUCCAUCACCAUGUUCAGAUGUAAAAGCAAUCGCUGAUUAACAACGAAAACAUUAUUUUAUAUAUGAAAUAAUAUUAAAGUUGAUGUGUCUAUAAUCAGGGUUUAAUGUUGUGAAAAAAGGAUGAGAAAACAAUGGUAGGCUAUAUUUACCUUUAAGUUUUCCCUUGGAAUUUAUACAGUAUAUAUAUGACAUUUUUCAUGACAUUAUGUUUCUUUCCUAAGGAUUUAGAAAAAUAAAGUAAGAAUGUAAAUUCAAUUUAUUUAUCUCAGAAAUGGGACUGUCCACACAUUACCAUUAUCACUGUUUCUCAGGUAGACGAAAAGCCGAGGAACGUACAAAAAAUUAGGGAUGGGGGGGGGUAUCGUGAAGUGGGCGGUGUGUAUUAAACCCCGCCCUCACCCACUUCCCCCUCCUCUUGAGUAUCAGCAGUCACAGUUACAGCAGCAGCAGACAUAUAUUCCAUUGCUGGAGCGGUAGCGGACCAGCAGCGUCUCGGUUUCCGCUCACAAGAGGCUCUGAUUCGGUCAAAGGGAGCAGCCGCUGUGGCUGCAGCUAACCACGGUUUAGGUUCAUAACCCUCUGGAGCUUUGUCUCUGGAAGAAUAGCCCCAUAGCGGGACCUUCUUCAAUAACCUUCUUUUUGUUUUCACAAUAACUGGUUUUGAGUUUGUGAUUAUAUUCAAAGCGGAGGUUUGACAGCGGGCACCGAGCCUGGAUUUGUCCGCCUAAGGAAGCGAGUCAGACAGCAAAGAGAGAGCGGAGAGAGUCGGUGUCUGAGGCGCAGGAACGUGGAUGAAGGGACGCGACAUCACGGUCUUUGAGGCGACCAUGAUGGAACUCCUGACCCUUUGAAUAGAGAGGAGGACAAAAGAACAGGGGAGAAGGAGGAGGAGGAGGAGGAGGUGGAGCAGGAGGUGGAAUCUCACUGAAGUCUUGACAAAGAACGAGGACAAAAGAAGAAAGAGGAGGAGAAGAUUCCUGCUCGGCGCCAGGCCAGGGGAAGAGUGGGUGGAGAAGGAGGGAGGUUUGAAAGGAAGGAUUAGUCAGUCCCCCCGCCCCCCUUCCUCUUCCUUCCACCUGGACGUCCUUCUUUAGGUACUUUUUGGACAUUAAAGAAGGACAAUGUCUGGCGAAGUGAAAUCAGGGCGUCCUCUGGAUGUCAGACUCCUUCCCCGACCUGGAGUUCUGCUGGUCUCACUGCUCAGCAUCAUGGUCUGGUUCCAGGGUCCAGUCCAUGCUCAGGUGGAGAUCGAUGCACUGCUGCAAGAAGAAGAUCUGGAUGCAGGACGAGGACACAGUAGCAUCAUGGGAGAACUGGAGGCGUCCAUGCGCUCAUCCCUCCUGCAGGACUUUCAGGAAGAGACAAACAAGGUUCAGACACCUGCCGCUUUCCCAGACUCCUCAGCGGUGGUGGGUCGAGUCUUCCAGAUGAAGGUGCCAAACAAGAUGGAGGAUGUUUACCUUGGUGACAUCAUCAAGAUCUCAGAGAUGGGAAAAGACUCCCUUCCAGCCUGGCUUCACUGGGACUCCAGCACAAAGACCCUUCAGGGUCUUCCUCUGGAUGAAGACAAAGGUGUCCACUACAUCUCCGUCUCCAUCUCCAACCACAUCAAGUCCUCCUCGUCGACCGAGGUCUUCUCCAUCGAGGUCCACCCCGAAGAUUAUAUGGACGCAGACACGGCCCAGACAUUGUCUUCCAAUCAGACCUCAUCUGAAAACGACAACUACAGCGACGUCCAACCGUUCAUCUGCAGGAACGAGGAACCCGUGACACUGCUAACGGUGAUCUUGGAUGCAGAUCUGACCAAGAUGAGCUCCCAGCAGCGGGUGGAGCUACUGGAGAAGAUGAGAAGGUUCUCAGAGGUGGGGCUUCAGCACAUGAAGAUCCUCCCUGUGGUCAACAACAGGCUCUUUGACAUGUCAGCAUUCAUGGCCGGACCAGGAAAUGCUAAGAAGGUGGUAGAAAACGGUGCUCUGCUGUCCUGGAAGCUUGGCUGCUCUUUGGACCAGACCUCGGUGCCAAAUAUCAAGAAUGUUCAGAGUCCAGCAAAAGAAGGUACCAUGUCAGCCAGCCUGGGCUACCCAGUGGUGGGCUGGCACAUCGCCAACAAGAAACCCCACACGCCUAAGAGGGUGAGAAGGCAGUUGAACAACACUCCAACACCCGUUUUAGCAGUGCUGCCUCCAACAACAGCAGUGGAGCCCCCUGUCAGAAUUGUUCCUACCUUGUCCUCACCAUCCAUUGCUGCACCCACUGAAAGCUCUGCUCCCCCUGCAAGAGGUCCUGUUCCACUUCCUGGAAAGCCUACGAUCAGAGUCCGUGACCCGAUUGCCCACACCCCAACAUUAGGACCCCCUCAACCAACAAGGGUGAUGGAGACCACUAGCACAAUCCCUAUCCAGCCAACAGUGACCAGACCUACCUAUGUUGAGGCCACAGCUACACCAUCCACACCUACCAGAAGACCUACCAAGAAACCCAAAAGACCCAAAACCACUCCUUUCCCAAGGGAGCCAAAGACUUCUACAGUGAAACCCUCAGCCCGUACCAUUCCUCCUCUUGUCGUCAUCCCUGAUCCGUACAACCAGAAGCCAAUCUUGAGUAACCCCUUGGACCAGGUUGAUGCUCUGGUCGGAACCUACUUUGAGGUUAAGAUCCCAUCAGAUACAUUCUUUGAUAAAGAAGAUGGCUCGACCGAGAAGCUGCGUCUCACCCUGAGGCAGAACCACAACGAAGCAGUGGGAGAAGGCUCCUGGAUUCAGUUUAACACCACCAGUCAACUUCUCUAUGGCCUUCCUGAUGUCCAACAUGUAGGAAAACAUGAGUAUUUCAUGUACGCCACUGACAAAGGUGGCCUUAACGCCAUCGAUGCCUUUGAGGUCCGGGUGAACCGCUGGCCCACAAAUGACAAGACUCCAGUGACCUUCACGGCAAGAUUUGAUGGUGAACCACGGAUGGUCACUCAUGACAUUCAUAAGAAAAUCCUCUUAGUGAAGAAGUUGGCUUAUGCCCUUGGGGAUCGCAACAGCAGCACAGUAAGUCUCCGGAAUAUCAGCAAAGGGUCCAUCGUGGUUGAGUGGACUAACACCAGCCUCCCACAGCAUCCAUGUCCAAAGGAGCAGAUUGCGAUCAUGAGCAGAACAUUAGGCAAUGCUGAUGGAAGGCCCUCACAGACCUUCAGAUAUGCAUUAGAGCCUGAAUUUAGACCACUGGACGUAAAGGUCAAGGGAAGGGCAAGCUGCAGGAUGUAUUCGUUUAUCCCACCAGGAGAGGUUGACCUACCAGAACCUCCUGCUGUCACCCCCGGACUUGGAACGAGUAGGCACAGCACAGAUGACGUGUAUCUCCACACAGUCAUUCCUGCAGUUGUGGUUGCCGCCAUCUUGUUGAUUGCAGGUAUCAUAGCAAUGGUCUGCUACAGGAAAAAGCGAAAGGGCAAACUGACUAUUGAAGACCAGGCAACCUUCAUCAAGAAAGGUGUGCCGAUUAUCUUUGCAGACGAACUAGAUGACUCAAAGCCGCCUCCCUCUUCUAGUAUGCCCUUGAUUCUCCAGGAGGAGAAGCCCCCGCUCCCGCCACCUGAGUACCCCAACAUGGCCACACCAGAGACCACUCCCCUCAACCAGGAACUACUGGGGGAGUACACGGCUCUGCGGGACGAGGACCCCAAUGCUCCUCCCUAUCAGCCACCACCUCCAUUUGCUGCUCCCAUGGAGGGCAAGGGCUCUCGCCCCAAGAACAUGACCCCCUACAGAUCACCACCACCCUAUGUGCCCCCCUAAGACUUACCCAAGCCUCUCCUGAGAGAGGGGAGGAUGGAGCGGAUGCCUGACGGCUUCCAUUCUGGUAACUGACUGGACAUUUACAGGAAGUGACGACAAAGAGGUGCUAAAGUACAACUACAGCUACAAAAGUGGGAGGGAGGGGUUGGUCUGGGAGGGUCAGUGAUGGAAAUGGGCGGUGGGGGGGUUAAAGUGGACACUUGGUGUCAUGGUUUCAGACAACUGGGUGGGACUACUUUUUUACGUGGUAGCCCAGCUGCUACAGUGGCCUAAGACAAACAAAUUCUCGUCAGCACUGGCUUUCGGGGUCGACCACUUGGUCCGAAGCAACAAUUCAAGAGAUGUGGUCUCUCUUCCCAGCAGCAUUUCACUUUUUGGAUUUGGAAACCGGCUUUAAUUUUAACUAAUUUCUCUUCAUUUUUUGGACUGAACCAUUUGCCAAAUAACUCCUGUUUUUUUAAGGAGGUUCUCUGAAAAGACACGUUUACCAGGAAGUUGGAUCGGAUCUGCAGAUGGUGUGUUCACAUGUAUGAAUGAGUGGGUGUGGUUUAUCCAGAUUCAGUAUGUUUGCCUUUUAACACUAUUAUCCUUCGCUAGCAAAGAUGAGAGUAAAAAGUAGCCUAAAAAGAUUUAGAGUUAAUUAAUAUUUGGUUUGUUUCACUUUAUUUUCUCUAUCUUUAUUAUUUACUGUAUUUCACAAAGACGUCCAGAUGGAUUGUCCUAUAUUUUGUUUGGUGGUGGAAGAAAGGGAUGGCGUAACCUUGUUAAACCUACUGGUGCUUUUUAAUUUCCUGGUUUUCAUUUAUUUGGUACUUUCCAAAACUCAACUGCUGUCGAGGACAUUUCAAAUUAGAUUGUUUGUAUAAAUAGAAAAAGGAGAAAUAUUUAACUUUUGAUUUUUUCUGUUAAGACACGGACACAAUCCCAGUUGGUUCCUUCAAAUCUCUGUUUCCUUUUAAGUGACGCGUCCUGAUGACUUAAAUGCUUGUGACACUGUCGCCAAAUUAAUGAAGAAUGUUACACCAAUUUUAGUUUAUACAAACAAUUCAUGCAUCAAUCCGUCCUCCUUCACACGGUGCUAACAAGAAAACUACAGCCAGCGUUUAGUUGCUAAAUAUUUAUUUAACUUAGGUUUUGUAAAAAUCACUGCUUCCUAUCCAUAAGAAACUUGUGGUUUCUGCUAACAACCCCCCUAACAUGUUCAUGAUUGAUUUACUUAUGCAGUCUUUCUGACAUUACAGUGUAGCAUCAACAGUCCAGUAAGGGGCAGUAGUGUAUUUUCUGGCUUUGUAACGACUACGACAUGAGGCUAAAGCUAGCUGACAGGAAAAUAAAGCAGUUUAUAUUCAGACAAUAUUUCUCAACACCACUUUUAAUUUGUCUUGGCCUAAAUUUGGUGACAGUGUUGCUCGUUGAUCUAAUCAAAUAUUUUUUUGAUUUCACAUAAAAAGUGUUACAUCAUCAACAUAUACAGGGAAAAAAAGUCCUGAGGUUAAUUUUCUUCAGUGAGAUAUUUAUUUUUGUAACAUUUUCAGGCUGUUCUCUUCUCACAGACUGAGGGAAAUUUUGAUGUUGUUUUUAAAUCAUUUUAAAGGUAAAGACGAAAAGUACCAUGAAAUUUGUAGUAAUUGGACCUCAAACAUAACCAUUUCAUUUUUCUUUAACAAUAAUCCGUAUUUAAUUAUUAAAAGUCACAUUUAAUGAUUAGUCUUCAGUGAUUUGUAAAAUCGUAGGCUAGAAAUUUACAGAUUUUGAUUCAAUGAUAUAAACUUAUCCUUUUGUCCUGGGUCACAAGUGUCACACGUUUUUAUUUGAUUGUAUUUUAUUUGACCUGGUUUGUGUUGUUGCAUAUGGAAACGUAUCUGCACAGAGACUGAAAGACUGGUCUCUUCACCUUUUACACCUUUUAUUUGACGCUUUUAUCGAACCACCAGUUUCUACUCAGAGUGACCCUUUGCAAUAACGAUGAUGACGUAUGAACUUCUCUUGUCAUGUUGUUGUUUGUUUUUUUGGAGGAUGCCAAGGCUUUUUUUUUUGCUUAUCGAGUGUUGCAUUGUCAUAAUAAAACCCACUGGUACGAAUUAAAUAAA